GGCCCCUUCAUCCCUCUCUCUGCCUCUUCUUCGUCUGGUUCACGAACUCGUUUGGCGCUGCUCGUUUUUACUUUAAUUAUCUUCCUCUAGAUUUUACACCACUUAUCAGUUUGUCCUAAUACUUUUCAUUCAAAUAGUCAACAAUGGGUAUCUUAGAUGCAGUUCAAGGAAAAGUGCAAGAAAACAUGCAAGAAAGGAUGAAGAACCAGCUUAUUGACAAUGUUGAGGAUAAACUCAAAGCAAACUUUGGUGUUGAUCUUGAUUUUAACAACAAUAACAAAAAGAAAGAAUCAGGCCUUCUUGGUGGAAUAUCUUCUGUUUUUGGUGGUAAAAAACAAGAAGAGGAAAAGAAAUACGCUCUGGGAAGUAAUGACUUGUUGGGUGGAAUUACUUCUCAAUUUUUGGGUGGCGGCUCAUCUUCCAAUAGUAAUAGCAAUAACUACAAUGAUCAAUCUUCUGGUGGUGGCUCUGGUGGAGCUUCUGAUUUAAUUGGAGGUAUAGCAUCUCAAUUUCUUGGAAACAAUUCUUCUCAACAAAAUAAUUUUGGUUCUAACCAAAAUCAACAAAAUAGUGGUUCAUCUGAUUUAAUCGGGGGAUUAGCUUCUCAAUUUUUGGGAGGCAAAAAAUAAUCUGGUUUUUCAACCAUUAUUCAUACCCCUUGUUUUGUAUAGGAUUUAUCUAUCUUAUUUUUUCAGUUUCUUUUAAUCAAACUUCUAAAAUUUUAUUCAUCUUCAUCAAUAUUGAAUAUAUACUACAUUUAUUCUAUCUAAACAACAAAAUUUACUAAAUAAAUUAUUUAUUGUCGUAUUUAUUUUUACUUUUUCC